AUGGACGCGUGCCAUCUAUUGUUGGGACGGCCGUGGCAGUAUGAUGUUGACGCUAAGCAUGGCGGUAAGAAGAACAUGUACUCUUUUGUGUGGAUGAAUAAAAUGAUCAUCCUACCACCUAUUCCACCCUCUCCAAAGCACCCCAAAGAUCAAAAGUCCAAACAAAUAUCUCUUUACAACAAAUGUGAAUUUCUAGCCGAGUCAAAGGAGUUAAAGCAGAGGUUUGCCUUAGUAGUGAAGGAAGAAGUGAAGACACUCAUUGAGGUCCCAGGGAAGAUGAAGUCACUGCUUAAGGAGUUCGAAGUGUUAAUUCCUGAAGAGCUGCCAGAGGGUCUACCUCCCAUGAGGGAUAUUCAACACCACAUUGAUUUCAUCCCGGGUUCAGUACUUCCUAAUCUCCUAAAUUAUCGCAUGAACCCGUAG